GACCCGUCUGUGUAUGAGAACGAGCUCCCGGUGAGGUGCCGGAAUAUCAGUGGCAUUCUGUAUAAAAACAGACUCGGCUCAGGAGGCCGUGGUAGGUGCAUUAAGCAGGGGGACAACUGGUACAGCCCCACUGAAUUUGAAGCUAUGGCAGGACGAGCCAGCAGCAAAGACUGGAAGAGGAGCAUCCGCUAUGCUGGGAGGCCACUGCAGUGCCUUAUUCACGACGGGAUUUUAAAUCCUCAUGCUGCCUCUUGUACUUGUGCUGCUUGCUGCGACGACAUGACGCUGAGUGGCCCUGUACGACUCUUUGUACCAUACAAAAGGCGGAAAAAAGAAAAUGAAAUGCCUGCAACUCCUGUGAAGAAGGAUUGCCCCAAAAACAUCACUCUGCUUCCCGCCACAGCUGCUACUACAUUCACCGUGACUCCUUCUGGACAGAUCACUACCUCCGGUGCUCUGACAUUUGACCGUGCAUCGACAGUGGAAGCCACGGCAAUUAUCUCGGAAAGCCCGUCCCAGGGUGAUGUUUUCACUGGAGCGGCGGUUCAAGAUACCAACGUCCAGCAGCCUUGCCGGGUCAAUCACCCAGAACCUCACUACCCGAGUUACCAGGACAACUGCCAGAUUUCACCCUUCCCUGAAGCUGCACUGCCAACGUCUCAUCCCAAAAUCGUGUUAACCUCGCUCCCUGCCCUGGCGGUGCCCCCCACGACCCCCACCAAAGCCAUAUCCCCUUCGGUGGUGAAUGGUCUGGAAGUGACGGAGCAGCGGAGCUGGCUGUACUUGGAAGAGAUGGUCAAUUCAUUGCUCAACACCGCCCAGCAGCUGAAGACUCUCAUUGAACAGGCCAAACAGGCCAGCUCCUCCUUCCGCGAGGCUGCUGUCACGCAAGCAAAAAUCCAAGCUGAUGUGGAGAGGAAAGAGCAAUAUCAGAACCAGUUAUUCCAACAGACAGAAGAUGUGGAUGGGAAAACAGAAAUCAUCAUCAAGCAGUCCUGCGUCAACUGUGGUCGUGAGGCAACGAACGAGUGCACAGGAUGCCACAAAGUCAACUACUGCUCCACUUUCUGCCAGCGGAAGGUAUAAGCUUGUUUGUGAGUUGCAGAUUCAGUUGUUCAGAGGGGGCUGUGUGACCCGGGGGAGACCCAGGCGGCUCUGCCGGCUGCCUGAUGGGCGCAAGCACAGCGAGAGGGGCGGGCAGGGGAACUUGCUGUGUCACGCAGGCAGCCAGAGCACGAGGCUUGCGUGGGCCAGCAGCCCCAGCAGCCCAAACCCACCCCGCAGAGAUGGGGCAGGGCUGCGGGUCAGCGCCUGGAUCAGGUGGGUAGGGAAAAUCCCCAGAUUUGCACGCGCCUUCUCAAAGGCAAUCUAAAAAUCCGAGUAACACCAGAAACGAAGGCGUGGGCACCUUACCAUGGGAGCUGUGGGGACCAGUUAGAGCUGGGAGCACUUCUACAACCCUUCCCUGCCACUUCCUGGUAAGCUGAACCCUCCUGAGCGCCUGUGCUCCUGCUGCCUCGCUGAGGACAUCGUUCUCUUAUUUGCAUUAUUUGUGAUGCUCCAGAUGACACAGUGGGACAAAGUCUAGGAUUCUGAACAUGGGAGGUGGAAACAGGUAUGAGGAAGUACAGUGGAGGAAACUGCUGUGCUUCAUGUUUUGCCCAGGUUCCUCACAAAGACCCUUGGCGCCCUGCUUUAGAGGAAAGGAUAAUUUGGGUUGGCCAGGGUUACAGUUCUGCAGGCUGUCCAAGUUCAGUUUUCAUCAACUGAUGCCAGGGGCACUGAGGAGCUGAGCAAUUCUGUUUCCUUUUGCCUGUAACACGGUGUAAUGGUGCCCAAGUUCCUCUGUCUGCAGAGCAGAAAGAUUAAAAAUUCCAAAGAACGACACACAAAUGCCGCUUGCAGAAAACUUAGGCAGCCUACCUGCCGCCCCCCCAGGUACCUCAGGGACAGGAACGCCGCCCUGCUGUCCUCUCACUACAAAGAGCACUGGGAAUGGCACCCAACAGUCGCCUUUUGUUCCCCUCCUGGACAGCGUGUCGCUCCCAAGGGGACGUCAGCCCGUGCCUGUGGCUGGUGCUCUGCACUGUGAGAGGGCGGGGGUCUGGAGUGCUCGUCAGUAACUGAAUCCGGAGGUUCCCCCUGUACUUGUCACCCGUGAUGUGCGACCUCUGAGCCGAGGAAGUUAGAGGAGCCGUUUGUUUAGUUCAGAACUAGAAGUUAAAGCCUUGGGAGGAGUCGCAUUCCUCUCCUUAGCCCUUACGGAACUGAGACCCCUUGUGUGGCGCUGUCCUUUGUGGGCGCUGCUUGUGGUCCGCUGCCCUGCAGGAGAGGGUUGAAGUCAAGGUUCUGACUGGUUUAGUAACAUUUUUCCACGACCUAACUGACCUUGAUGUCCUGGAUUGGGUUUUGGGUUGAGAAGCCAGCGUUCUGCUCAGUUUGUGUCUGUCUCUAGCGUUGACCCAGUGUGUGGAUCCUUUCCUCUCCGUCGUUAGUCGUGUUUGGCCGAGCACUAGAGACCCGCUGUAGCCCAGCUGUGCUGGCGCGAGCGUGUCUCAGAGGGGGCUUCUGUUGGGGCCCGGCGUGCCCUUGCAGGCAGCACACUUGCCGAGGGCCCUUUCUCUUCAUGGCCUUUCCAUCUGCCCUUCCCUCGCAGGACUGGAAGGACCACCAGCAUAUCUGCGGCCAGUCGGCCACAGUGACGGUGCAGGCUGACGAGGUGCACGUCACAGACAGCGUAAUGGAG